GCAAGGUCGCGAAAGUGGGUAUAAAAAGAAGAUCAUUGAUAUUGUCAAAUGUGUAUCGCGAUCCAUGCCACGGACGGCGACAGUUGAUAGAUAGUCGGUGGUGUGUAAGUGUUAUUCUGAUUUUCUGUCGCGGUUGAAGAAGUGCAUUCCACGCUUGGCAUCAAUCAAAUCAUGCGGCUCACCGUAAAGUUGUUGGUCUUGGUAGCUUUAUGUGGUGCAGUUUACGCGGCCGAGAAACAAAAGACAACUGCAAAGCCAGUUGUCGAGCACGUGGAACAAGAUGUGGAAGUGAUUAGAAAGAAUUUGAAGGAUUUGGUUGAGCAGCCAAGCAUUCAUUUCAUGGAAUAUGGACCGGACGGUAAAGAUGGUUAUAAAUACCAUUUAUCUGCUGCAGAGAAUAAGGAAUAUAUCAUUCACACCACUGGACCAGUGUCAAUUCCAAUUUUAGAAACUAUCAUGGGCACAAGAGAAGAAAGAGAUAAGAAACUUCUGAAGCGGCUGCUCGAAUCUAGCAAAAUCAAAUCGUUAAGUAGUAUUAGCAGUGAACCUAAUAAAGAAUGAAACAUACGGCUGAAUUCCUUGUGCAUGUUUC